GCAGCGCGUUACCCGCGUCGACAGAAAGAAAAUGUCCGAGCGCAGACAUCGUCAAGCUUCGUUGAUUACGAAACCCAUUUUCCUUCUUGCUAGCUGACUAGAGCCACGUCUGCACCGCUUGCAUUGCUUUCCCUUUCGCAUAAUCCUUCACCAUGGUAGAAUGUCCUGUCUGUACGAAGCAAGUCCAGUCAUCUAAGAUCAACGAUCAUCUGGAUUCAAGUUGCCAGACUUUCAUCAUCGAGAACCCACCCACCUCCUCCCCGGGCCCUGGGAUAUCAGCUUCAACCCAAGCGAAUGCCUCCGUUUCAGCCUCACAGAAGCGCCCUGCCUCUACGUUCUUCCAGACGCCUUCCUCGAAGCGACAAGCGACGCCGAAUGGCGUUCUAACGCCUAUAGUCAAUGGUGCACCGGGCACUUUGAAAUCGAACCCUGCUGUCAAACGAUCCUAUGACGAAGGCCCUGGCCAUGACUCUCCCGAUGGCGGCGCUAAAGGCGAUGCAAGUGCCGGCAACAACUCAGAUAAUACGGGAACUACACCUCAAAGUCCUCUUUCGAAGAGGGCUAAAACUAAAACAAAUCGUGUUGCGCCACUAGCCGAGCGUAUGCGUCCAGAGAACCUCGAUGACAUAUUCGGCCAGGAGCUUGUCGGUCCCAGUGGAGUACUACGCUCUCUCAUUGAGACAAAUCGUUUACCGUCGAUGAUUUUAUGGGGUGCGUCAGGCACGGGCAAAACAACGAUAGCACGCUGCAUAGCAAACCAGGCUGGAUCACGCUUCGUCGAGAUGAACGCUACAAGUUCUGGCGUCGCAGAGUGCAAGAAGUUGUUCACAGAUGCCGCCAAUGAACUUGCGCUGACAGGACGCAAGACGAUAAUAUUCUGCGACGAAAUUCACCGCUUUUCAAAAUCACAGCAAGACGUCUUUCUCAAGCCCGUCGAAGCUGGCACUAUAACCCUGAUCGGCGCAACAACUGAAAACCCUAGUUUUAAAGUCGUGAAUGCGCUCCUGUCGAGGUGUCGUACCUUCACCUUACAGAAGUUGACUACAGAGGACAUACAACGGAUUUUAACGCGGGCGCUUCAAUCCGAGCUUCCGUAUGCUUCAUCGACACCACCUCCACCCCUCGACGAGGAGUUUCUCGCCUACCUCGCCAACUUCGCAGAUGGCGACGCUCGCACAGCCCUCAACCUGUUGGAACUUGCUAUAUCGCUUGCUAAUCGGGGAGAGGUCACGAAAGAGGAUAUGAAAGCUUCCUUGACAAAGACCUUAGUCUACGACAGGGCAGGCGACCAACAUUACGAUACAAUAUCUGCAUUUCACAAGUCUGUUCGCGGGUCUGAUCCUGACGCCUCAUUAUACUACUUGGCGCGAAUGCUGCAAUCGGGCGAAGAUCCCCUGUUUAUUGCGCGCCGAAUGGUGGUCAUCGCCUCAGAAGAUGUCGGGCUGGCGGAUAACUCCCUGCUGAGCUUAGCGACCUCGACAUUCACGGCCACCCAACAGAUUGGUAUGCCAGAAGCGCGUAUACCACUAGCACACUGUGCCGUCGCUCUGUCCAUGGCACCCAAGAGCACGCGGGCAUAUCGCGGCCUGAACAACGCGUUCGCAGCAUUGCGCGAGCCCGGCGUUGCUGCCUUACCCAUCCCCAUCCACCUACGCAACGCGCCGACACGCCUGAUGCGCGAGCUUGGAUACGGGAAAGAAUAUAAAUACAAUCCCAACUAUAAAGAUGGGAAAGUCAAACAAGACUAUCUCCCUGAUGACCUGCUUGGCCGCAAAUUCCUCGAGGAGCGCGACUUGGGAACUGAGAUAGACCCUGACUUGGCUAUGGAAGAUGCUUGAUCUGGUGGUUAUUGCACAUGGAUACUCUUUGAUUGGUAGGACUGGGUAGGCAUUGUAUAAAAGAUGGAAAAGGAUACCUAGGAAAAAGGAAUCACGCGGACAAGCCCCGGGAAGGAAUUGGCGUGUGAUAUUGGAAGGCUUGAGUGCGUACUGUUGAUACAACUUAUAUAAAUGAUAAUCACUUUAACAAUGGCUCC